AUGCUCUCCAUCGGUGUAGGCAUCCUGGGCAUGGACUUCCGUGUGUCUCUGGUGGUGAUCGCCACCUUGGUGGUCACGGAGCGGCCCUUGGCCACUGGCUCCAAGGACCUGGUCUGGGAACUUCCGCCCAACUUUGACACGACGCGCUGCACAAGCAGCGGUCCCUUCAGCCUUGUGACAGCGACGACCAAGCAAGGAUGGAAGUUCAUCUACACUCACAUCCUCACCAAGAAGUACCUGCAGCACGCAGAGGCUCAGCUCCAUCAGUACUUCGAGGAUCACAAACACGAGCUCACGGCAUUUCAAAGGCUAGACCUGCUACGAGAGCCACGCCCAGAGUGCGAGCGGGUUGUCCUGCACAAUGCUAUGCUCACGCUCUUCCCCACCUUCUCAAUGGCCGCACUGGAUCUCUAUGAAACCUUCGCGCGAAUGUUGGAGGAGUUGGCAGAGAAGCCCGAAAAGGAUUUGCUAACCGUUAUGCUUGGCGAGCUGCAGAUGUUCAUGAGGACGGCGGUUUGGUGGGUCGGCUCUGGUCCAACCUGCCCAGCACCCUCACGGAGAUCGCGGCAACCCUUCAGAUGCGCCAGGAGUCCAGGAAGCUGUGGAUCACCGAGAGCAUCGUCUUCCGGGGCAAGCUGA